AUGAGCGGUAACAGCCCUGUCGAGAAGCCGAAGAGCGGACGUUCCGCUACGUCCUGCCUUGAGUGCCAGCGGCGAAAGCAGAAGUGCUCUCGCGAAUGGCCUUGCAACCAUUGUCAGGCCCGGAAGGUACCCCACCUAUGCCAGUUCGCCCCGAAGAAAGUGACAACGCCGGAGGACGACUCGUUUCCUACUCCUGCGAAGUUGUCGAGGAAGAGGAAGGAAGACAGUUUCGGGUCCGACACUUCCGCAUCGGCUAGUGACCUGGACCAUGGCCUCUCGGACGGGUUGGCUAAGCUAGGCUACAUGCCUAGCCACGAUGUCUUUUCCCUUGCCAAAUCUCCAACAGACCCCUCGUAUGGUCGUAUAGACGACAACCAGGGCGCACAGUCCGAGGAAAUUGAGGCAGCUUUGAAGAUAAUACUGCCGAAGCCGUAUACAGACAUCCUCGUCCAGAACUAUCUGGAGAGUGCCAAUUUCCAGUACUACCCUAUCUUCCCGGAGCAACUCCGAGGCCAGAGUGCACAGUGGUGGGAGUCGAGGGCAGCCGGUCAAAGGCUGAGCCCUGAACUCACAUGCCUCCUGGUCCGUGUUUGUGCCGUAUCCACGCAGUACUUGGAGGCAUCUCUUCUCCAAAGGCUUGAGUCAGAACUCGGUGAGAAGGCGCAAGCCAUGACCGAGCGCUUCCAUGCGGCUGCACAGAAGCUAAGUGCCUCAAUCGCCCGAGGCAAGGGGGGAAUUGUACACGUGCAGCAGCUUUUCCUCGAAGCGCAAUGGUACAAAUCGGAGGCAUGCAUGGUCGAGUCGUGGCAUUCACUGAGCGUUGCCAUCCGCGAAGCCCAGGAGAUCAACAUGCACAACCCCGCCGAGGGCCUGCCAAAUUUCGAACGGGAGCUGCGCAAGCGGAUGUGGUGCGUCCUCUGGACCUGGGAUUGGCAAAUGUCGACCUUGCUGUCCCGACCGCUCCUCAUCGACCAAGACGAUCAUAAAUUAGAAAUCCCAGAUGGUCGCCUCGAGAACAUUACCGACCCUGCCAUGCCCCACCCACUAUCAUCUGUCGCAUUACAAGCCGAACUGGGCCUGCACGUCUCUCAUCUAUUUCAGAAGAUGGGCACAGACUACUCCGUCGAGCUUGUCCUCGAAAUCGAAGACGAACUCGAAAAGUGGAUGGGCACGUUCCCGGCUGCCCUCCGCGACCAUCGACCCGAUACGCGAUGGGAUCAAAAGCACCCGAACGUUCCCUUCAUGCGCUGCCAGCUCAAUAUCAUCGCGUACGCAUACCUACUUGCGCCUCUAAAGCCUUACCUCCUGUCAAAAGCAGAUUCGGAGAUCAUGAACUCACAGCUGGGGACCAACCUGCGCACCAAGGGUGUUGACACUUGCCUCGACCUCAUGAGAGCCUCGGAGCAGUUCUACGACCUGAUAUAUCCAUCCGGCUUCAAGUACUUCUUCAUUAUCUUCUUCAUGUUCGACGCCGCCACUGUGCUGUGCUCCGCCAUCGUCCACGAUACCGGGUACAAUCUCCCCAAGCGGAGUCAGUGCAUCCGCGCACUCCGCACUUCCCAGGAGCUGAUGGACGCCGUCGCCCACCUCUCCGAAUCUGCGAGGCUGUCCGCCAUGCUCCUGCGGAAACUCUCCCCGUCGCUUCCCCUUACCGAGGCCGAGAAGGUGACCCUCGGUGUCGGCUCGCUCGCGCCGUCCUCGUCCAAGAAGAUCAAGACCAGUCCCUCGUCGUCAUCUCCACCAGAUCAGCUCGCCGCGGUGGCGAGCUUCGGCGGCGCCGGCGACUACACCAUUAGCAGCAGUCUUGGCGCUGGGUCCUCGAGCAACCCGUCCCCGCCGGUGGGCGCAACGCCGUACGACAUGCCGCAGCUGCACGAACAGGCACAAUCACAAGCCCAAGCACUGUACGGCACCCCUCCGCUGAUGCCACUGGGGAACGCCGGCGGGAUGCCCGUGAUGCCGGCCCCGGAGUGGCCGUAUGUCGACUACACGUCCAUCCUCGGCCCCGCUACUCAUCAGCAGCAACAGCAGCAGCCUCAGCCUGCGGUUACCGGCACUACCUCUGCCCAGCAGCAGCAGCAGCAGCAGCAGCAGCAGCAGCAGUUCCUUGGCGGGAUGAACCCCGGCGACCCGCUCUCGGGCACGUUCCUCGAGCCGCUCUGGGACUGGGAGCACCUCAACCUGGACCUGACCCAGUAUGCAAUGCCGGACUUUGGUACCAGCGGGCCUGAGUUUUGA